GGAGGUAUAAGAAUAAGCCGCGGCGGGACUAGUACUGGCAUUAUGGUACUUUCAAUAAUUUAUGCUGUGUUUGGAUUAUUUCAAGUUGUCACCUCUGCACACAGUCGUUCUAUGAAAUCAUUCGUUCAUUCCCAGCCCAGAGAGCUUAAGUUUAGAGAUUUAGACUGGAAUCCGAACAUCGCGCAGUGUCCUACGCAAUGCGCUAUUCUCGUGAACGCCUUCACAUGCACCACUUCGCAGUGUUUUUGCACUAACGAGGUCGCGGCCAGCUAUAGAGACUGCAUGGUCUGCAGUAUAGAUCUGGCAUCGAAUCCCGGCUUGCUCUCAGAUGCACAACAGAGCCAAGACGAUCUAACUACGAAUUGCGAGUCUGACGGUUACCCCAUCGCCCAAUUGUUCGUUGGGACGAAUGGCGUUAGCCCGGCUGUUCCUGCCAGUGACCAGACGUCUGUCGCGUUCGCGGCUCCCCCAUCAACUACCGCCCCUCUCGUUGGCCAAACAUCUACCGCGUUUGCAGCCCCUCCACCAAAUACCAACUCACAACAGCCUACAAGUACGGUAGUCGUGUACCCCUGGCAGCCGAGCCCGACCACGGUCACUAACGGGAACACCGUAGUCUGGUAUGGCGGAAGUUCGUUCGGCAUGAGCGUCGGGCUCUCGACCAGCUACGGCCAACCUCCGACGGCCGUAGGCUCUUCCGUCAUCCCUGGCUUCCAAAUCGGACCAUCGCCCUCUGCUUCGGCCUCAAAUACCCAAACACCUCACGCGGCUAGCUCUGCAAGCAGUUCUGGCGCAUCCAACGGCGCAUCCUUGAACCCUCAAGAGGCUAAAACAAGCGCGGCCACUGCAUCUCACAUGAUACCCAUCCUAAUGAUGCUAGCUGUGUUCUCGGUCACUACCUUCUCCCACGCACAUAUGCUGUAGACUUGUCGUUGCACGAGUAAACUCCGCUCUUGGGUUGCCUGUAUAGUGGCUUGCCUCGUCCUGUCGUUACUCUUUGGCAUCGGUCUAUACACUGUUUCUUCGCGUACCUCGAAAGCUUU